AUGAACUACCCGUCUUCUUGCCGCGCACCAGGUCGAUUAGUGGACUACGAUACCUUUUUUCGUGCUUUCCCUUGGAUCGAUCUCUUGCACAUGAACUGCGAAGGCUGUGAGUACGGAUUUGUGCAGCAUGUAUUGUUAUGGUUUUGUUGAGCAGCAAAGAAUUAUAUCAAUAUUUAUUACAUAUAUAUAAAUUUAAUGUAUUCAUCUACUCAAAUCCAUUAGACCAUAUGGAUAAGGAGGGCACAUGACAUGACAUGUAUUCUACUUCGCAGUGUUCUUUUUCCUCCCCCGUAGGGCCUCAAGUUACUUGUGCUAAAUCUAUCUCUAAUCCCCGGCCACAACAUCACCCUGACGAACAUCGAUCGAAUGGCUUUGUCGUUUCACUUCUACCUUUUCGACAAGACUGCUGGAGGGUACUGGCCUUAUGCACCAGGGAUCGCAGCGAGCCUGUUUUGUGACUUUUUGUUACACGUGCAGAAGACGCACAUAGUCGAAUUUCGGUGGGAUGGGUGGUACUUGAUUCUACGGAGAAGGGGGCACAGAAGAUGGGCGAGAAGUCAGUAUGUUGAGCAAGGAAAAUUGGGUGUUGAACAAGAAGAGCCUGCUGCUUUGAAGCACCUUUUGGCUGACAGUAGAACCAGUAGGGACUGGCCGAUCAGCGGCGGUGCAGAGUGGUGUAAAAGUUGAAUUGAAUGUGCUCUCCAAAUCAACACGAUGAACUCCCCAAAUCCCAAAAGCAUGUAUCCUCAUAUAUAAUCACCGCGGUUCUUCUAGGGAAUAAUUGCGUGAAGUCACUGCAGCACGCUCUUUCAACUUGCGAG